AUGUAUGAAACUAAAUCGUCUUUGAGAUAUCCUUCAAAAAAAAAUUUAUCCUAUGAAAAGGAAUUAUCAUCCACAAGUUUACAAAUAAGAAAAAAUCGAAAUGAUAUAAUAAAAAAUAAAGUUUAUUGUCCUAUCGAGCUAAAAAAUGUAUAUAAAUUAUUAGAGGAUAGCGACCAAUUAUUGAAAAGCAAAAACCUCAGUUUAGAAGAGCUGAUUGAACACAACAACAAAAUAGCUGAAUUCAUAGAGUUGUGUGGAAAUUUCAAAGUUAAUACAAAUAACCAGAAUAAACCAGAACUAAAUAAAGCAUAUAAUUCUAUAGAACAAAAUAUGCAAUAUUUAAAUAAGCAUAUAGAAACAGCUAAAAAAGAUAGUAUUACUUUAAAAAAAAAAUUAAAAAAAUCGACAGACCCAUUAUUUUAUUCUACAUUAGAACAAAAAUAUAAACAAAUAUGUUUAGAUAUUGAGAAUAAAAAAAAUGAAAUAAAAUUCUUAAAAGAUAUUAUAAGAAAAAAUGAAAGAUUACUAGAUUCGAAUAAAAAAAAACCAAACAAAGUUGCACUGGAAAAAGAAUAUAAAAAUUUGUUAGGGCAACAAUCAAAUUUAUGUUCGCGAUUAAUACAACUCCAAAAUGGAAAUAAAUUAUAUGAAGAAAAUAUAUCCAAAAUAGAUAUACAACUCGAAGAAAUUAAAAAAAAAAUGAACGAAUUGAAAAUAGACAGAAUGAAAGAAAAUGAAAACCCAAUAGAAGAAUGUAUUAAUCUAUCUAAAGAUAUUUUAGAAAAAAGAAUAUUCACACUUAAUACUAAAAGAGAUGAACUUAAAAAAGAAAAAAAUAAUGUUAUAAAUAAUUUAAUGAGUAUAUUAACCAAAUUAAAAAAACAAAUAUCAAACUUAGAAAGCGAAAAAAAUAAUUUAUUAAAUGAAGAAAAAAAUAAUUUAGAUAAAUAUCAAAUUUUAAAAAGAACUAUAAAUACUAAAAUUAGUAAAACAGAAAACAAAAUAAAGGUAUUUAAAAAAAAAACAAUUUUAGAAAAAAGAGAAGAUAAAAAUGAGCCUGUGAAAUCAGAAAUAAUUCCACAAAAAGAUAAACCAUAUAAUUCUAACGAACAUAUUUCUGAAAAUGAAACAAAUUUUAUCAAAAAUUUGCUAAAUCAGGAAAGUAAUUCAUAUAACAUUAACAAAAAUCAGAUAAUAUUAACAAAAGAAUAUGAUAAGGAAAAUAAUAAAGACAAUAAUGCUAACCAAAGUUAUAGUUUUAAUAAUAACGAUGAUAAUGCUAACCAAAACUCUAGUUUUAAUAAAAAAAAUAAAUAUUUUAUUCCUGUUUUUGAAGAAGAAAUGCUCUUAAAACUUCAAGAAAAAGUAAAUGAAAAACUAGGGAAUAAUGAAAGUGAUAUAGAUAUAAAUGAAAUUGAUCCUGAACAGGAGGACUCAGAUGAUGCUCAUUCUAAUCGAGGAAAUAUUAAUGAUGUAGUCUUAAAUGAAAUAGACAAAUUAUUAACAGAAGUUGAUAAUAGUGAAAAUGUAGAUGUAGAAAAUAAGGAUCCAGAAUGCAACGCCUCUGAUUUUCUGUCUAAAAAUUCUAGUAUUAGCAAUAAAAUACAUAAUGGAUACUCUGAAAAUUUAACAAGUAAUGAAAAGAACAAUGAAGUAGCGUAUUCUUUAACUGAUUCAAAUAUUAGUGAUAUAAAUAAAAUAGAAGAUGAAGAAAUUCAUAAAAAUAUCAAAGAAUCCGAAAAAGAAGAAUCAAAUAAUAUGGAAAACGAAGGAAAUAAUAUCUACGAUGAAUUAGAUGCAAAUAUGAACAGUAUAUCUAUUAAAACUACAUCAUACAUAAACAGCGUUGAAGAUGUUAAAAAAAAUAUAUGUGCAGAAGAAUUAGAAAAAAUUAAUCAAAUAGAAGUUUCAAUUGGAGCACCAGCAGAAAAUAACGCACUCUACGAAUAUCAUCAGGAUGCUUAUGAAAAUACGAAUCGUCACGUCGAAUCUGAAGAAGUUGAGGAAAAUGAGGAAAAUGAAGAAAAUGAGAAAAAUGAGGAAAAUGAGGAAAAUGAGGAAAAUGAAGAAAAUGAGAAAAAUGAGGAAAAUGAGGAAAAUGAAGAAAAUGAGAAAAAUGAGGAAAAUGAGGAAAAUGAAGAAAAUGAAGAAAAUGAGGAAAAUGAAGAAAAUGAAGAAAAUGAAGAAAAUGAAGAAAAUGAGGAAAAUGAGGGUUUAGGGAAUAAAACUACCGAAGAAUGCGCCCAAUAUGACAAUCGUAACUUAUAA